UGAAGAGAGAAAUACUAUAUAUUUGAAAUGAAUUAUAUAAUUACAUUAUUCUGAUCAUAUUGUUAUCAUUUCUUUAGCAUCCGUUACGAGAUCGAAUCUUAUUAAAAAUAUUGAAAAUGAUGAGAGAAUAAGAAUGAACUAUACCGAAAAAUUUACACAAAUUUGUCGUGACUUGAAACAAUUAAAGCUAUUUCCGCCAAUGGAAGUAUUCUGACAAUCAGACAUGAGCUUAAAAUUAGAAAAAUGGAGCAAAAUUUUCACGAAUUAACCAAUUCAAAAGAUCCAAACCUUAAUGACGUUAUAGUUCUCGCUCAGUCUUUCAUCAUAAUGUCUCAUAUACAACUUCCCCAAGAUAUAUUAGAAGAAGAAUAUUCAUAUGGAGCUGAAUUGUCCCUUAUACGAAGUAGGACAUUACUAAAAGACAAAAAACUAGAUAGAAAAUCUAUACUUGGAGCGAUAAUGACUCGAAACGUAUUGAGCAAUCUUCACAUAAAAUUAUGAAACUUAGAUAAAUCUUUACAAUAUUUGAAAGAUGCAUUGAAGUUAUAUAUGGCAUACACAAAAGGACAGGAUGUUUUUCCUGCUCCUAUUGAUAUACUAAAUAUUAUAGGCAUUGAAGAUAAAUCAAAUACUCUGUAUUUAUUGGACAGAAUGUAUAUGAAUACCUUAAAGUAUUUAAUAAUAUUAAAGGAUAAAGUCAAACAUAGGCUGGUAGAUAUGGAGAAAAUCGCAACAUAUAUGCAUAAUUUGCUAAAGAAGCAAUUGAACAAUAUACCAGCAAUUGUAGAUCAUAUAUCAUGGGUUAAGGAAGUGCUAAGAUUGGCUGAAUUUUUUAUAUCGUGCGGUCGCUUUAUGGAAUGUAAAAAUCAUCUUAUUGUUGCGUCUGUUGUAGCAAAACAUUUCAACGAUUAUUGUAAAAUACAUGUAGAACUAUCUGCUAAAAAGAAGGGUUGUCUGCACCGCCAAUAUAUAUACAUCAUUUCUAUUAUUGACACAUGCUGGGUGAGAUAUGGACUUAUUCUUUUGUAUUCAUCAAGUAAACAUGUUUUAGAAAAGGAGGGAAGAGAUAAUUUUUCGUGGACAAAUUGUUAUGAAGCAAAGUCUAUGGUACAGUCUGUCAAACAAUCCACAGGAUUAUUAUUGUUUACGUGUACAGAAAAAGAAUAUGAAGAUUUUAUGUAUAUAGCCAGAGAUAAUUACAUCACAAACUGCAAUGAUGCUAAAAUUAUUUUUGUGCGCAUUCUUCAAUUGGUCAACAAAGUAAAGGCUAAUAAGUUUGUUUCGGAGGAUGCAGAUGUUCGCGCAGAACUUGCGCAAUAUAUUUCCAAAGCAUACAAGUAUCUUGGAUUUUUCGAGCGCGACAAAGUCAACCAGAUGAAAUUACAAAAACGGCGGGUAGAGGCUUUGGAAGAUUGCUUAAAAACAUUAAAUGAAGACGAUCAAAUUUAUUGCAGUUUUAUAUGGUUUGAGCUAGCGGUUAUUAAUUCCAUUGUAUUAGAUGUAAAUAUUGAAAAUGUCGAUAGAGAUAAACUAACUGCGGAAGAAUUGGCAGAAAUCGAUCAAUUGGUAAAAUAUAUUGUAAACUAUUUUCAGUUAUAUAUGGAGAAUUUUGAUGCCGUACGGUACGGCUUGACGAAUGAUGUAGUUGAUGUAUUGACAAAAAUUACCAAAUUAUUUCUUCUUUAAAUAUAAGAUAUAAUUCAAUGCUGAGAAACAUAUGAGAGAGAA